AGCGCGCACACACACAAUAUGUGUUGGCUCGCGAAAAAAAAAAAAACCAGGAGGCAGAAGAGAGAGGCUUGGGAGCCCGCUGUAAUGUAGGCAGGAGCAGCCCGAUGUGAACGCCUGCCUGCCUGCCCGCCUGCCCGCCCGCCUGCCUGCCUUUGGAGGCACCAUGUCGUUCAAAGAGAUCAAGGCAGGAGAGAAAGGCAAGCCCGGCGGAGGCGGAGGAGGCGGAGGAGGAGGAGAAGACCAUGGCAAGAAGCAGGCUCCGAGUUGGAUCAACGGAAUGGAGAGCAGCGCCCAAGCCAGCACCUCCGCCGAGAAGAAGAACCACCAUUGGAAAAGUUACAAGUUGAUUAUUGACCCGGCUUUGAAGAAAGGACAGCACAAACUCUAUCGAUACGAUGGGCAACAUUUUAGCAUUCCUAAUUCGGGCCUGGCCCCCGUGGAUUGUGUCCGAGACCCCCGGAUAGGACGCAUCUGGACCAAAACGAAGGAGCUGGAACUGGCCGUCCCUAAAUUUAAGAUUGACGAAUUUUACGUGGGGCCCGUGCCUCCCAAACAAGUCACCUUUGCCAAGCUGAACGACAACAUUCGCGAAAACUUCCUGGCCGACAUGUGCAAGAAGUACGGCGAAGUGGAAGAAGUGGAGAUCCUCUACAACCCCAAGAACAAGAAGCACCUGGGGAUUGCCAAAGUGGUCUUUGCCACGGUCCGAGGGGCCCGGGAAGCGGUCCAGCACUUGCACAACACCUCCGUCAUGGGCAACAUCAUCCACGUGGAGCUGGACACCAAAGGUGAAAAGCGCAUGCAUUUUUAUGAGCUCCUUGUGAAUGGACUCUACACUCCCCAGACCCUUCCUGUGGAGAAUGAGCCAGAGGCAUCCUCUCCUGUGAAUGAAACCCUUCAGUUGGCUGAUACUCUGAAACGCCUAAAAGACAGUAGCCUUUCUUCUGUGGGAUCAUCAGCUACCCCCAACAGUAGCACCCCAUUUUCCCAUGAUACAGCCUUUUCCAGUUGUCGACAAGAUACACCAAACUCUUUCAGCCAGUUUACGCCUCAGUCCCAAGGAACCCCUCUCACCCCUCGCCUGGGGACCCCGUUUUCCCAAGACUCUGCAUACUCUAGUCGCCAGACCACACCGGCAUACCAUUUUGGACAGGACUCCGGGUAUAAACCCAGGAGACACGAAACAAAAUUUACGGAUGCCUACAAUCGACGCCCAGGCCAUCACUAUGUCCAUAACUCUGUGGGUGCUUUUCGGAGCUCAGAACAUCAGUUCAGUGCAUUCAAGUCCCAUCAGCAAGAGACUGUGCAAUACCCCCACACCUCUCCAUUGAGCCACUCGGGUUCUUCGACAUUCAAAUCAGCCUUCUCCCCAUACCAAGCCCCAGCGACAUAUCCCCCUCCUGAAGAGCCACCGCUUCCUCAAACGUCUAGGGACGUAGAGUACCGACGGCCACCUCCACCACCAGCAGAGGUGGUAGUUGAAAGUAGCUCGGCUACCACUGUUGAUUUUGUGCCUGUGAAGGAAAAGCCUGAGGAGCCUCCACCUUUGCCGGAGUCCAAAAGUCUUAAUGAACCAACAAUAGUGGCAACCUUCGCACAGACUCCAGAUAGGAGCGAGACUCCAGGAACCCCGACCACGGAAUCUGAAGUUCAACAUAACAGUUUAGACUCACGGAUUGAGAUGCUCUUAAAAGAGCAGCGAUCCAAACUCUAUUUUCUCAAUGAGCAUGACUCAGACAAUGAAAUUCGAAUGGAAGGUAGUCCCAUCUCCUCCUCCUCUUCCCAGCUUUCUCCAAUCCCAAACUUUGGUUCCAACUCCCAGCCCAGCUACAGAGCACAAACCCCGUCUUCACGUCCUUCUAGCACUGGCUUGGAAGACAUCAGCCCAACGCCGUUGCCUGAUUCGGAUGACGAUGAGCCGAUUCUUGGAACUGCUUCUCUCAUCCAAAAUGCAAGAGGCACAUCAGAUGCUAGCAUGACUCCUGUUGAUCAGCUGAGUAGGACGUCCAAAACAGAGUCCUCUGAGGCUAAAGAAAUGCUGCCUUCUAAUGAUAGUCCAACUCCUGAACAAAUGGAAGAGUGUCAUCAGUCUUCAGGGGAAGACAUGGAGAUCUCCGAUGAUGAAAUGGCCUCAUCUCCAAGCACAGAAUGUGCCAAAAACAUUGUGGUGAAUACCUCCAUUGGCAACUCGGCUGUGAUGGGUUCCUCGAUCCCCAUGCCACCACCUGGCUUUCCCCCUUUGCCUCCACCGCCUCCACCCCAGACAGUCUAUCCAAUGCCACCCCCUCUCCCUCCGCCGCCGCCACCGACUCACCCCGCAGUGACUGUCCCGCCUCCACCCCUGCCGGCACCCCCGGGGGUUCCCCCUCAUCAUAUCUUGCCUCCACUCCCUCAUUUCCACCCUGGAAUGUUCCCUGUCAUGCAAAUGGAUAUGAUCAGUGUCUUAGGCAACCAGUGGGGUGGCAUGUCAAUGUCCUUUCAAAUGCAAACCCAGAUGUUGAGCCGCCUGAUGCAAGGGCAGAACACGUACCAGUACCCCCCUUUCUUGGGGAACCGGGUGCAGUUUGUGAACCUUCCUCCUUACCGACAUUUCUCCAUGGGGGCAUCUGUCAACCGGGGGCAACAGUGGCCGCCUUUGCCCAAGUUUGAUCCGUCUGUUCCUCCCCCGGGUUAUGAGCCCAAGAAGGAAGACCCACACAAAGCCACUGUAGACGGUGUGCUCCUGGUGAUUGUGAAGGAACUGAAAGCAAUAAUGAAAAGAGACCUGAACCGGAAGAUGGUGGAGGUGGUGGCCUUCAGAGCAUUUGAUGACUGGUGGGACAAGAAAGAGCGCUUGGCAAAGGCAUCACUUACUCCAGUGAAAUCUGGUGAAAAUAAAGACGAGGAAAAGCCAAAACCAAAGGAUCGCAUUACGUCUUGUCUCCUGGAGAACUGGCAUAAAGGCGAAGGUCUGGGUUAUGAAGGUAUCGGCCUAGGCAUUGGGCUACGAGGAGCCAUCCGGUUACCAUCUUUCAAGGUGAAGAGAAAGGAGCCACCUGAAGCUGCCUCGGCUGGAGACCAGAAGAGACUGCGGCCCUCUACGUCGGUAGAUGAUGAAGAUGAAGAAUCUGAACGCGAUCGAGACCUGCCUGAUGCGACAUCAGACCUUUCCAAGAAGGAUGCCGAAGCUGUAGGCCUCAGGAGGAGACCGGGCAGGCCAUUGGAACUGGAUAGUGAAGGGGAGGAGGCAGACUCAGCCAAGGAGGAAGAGGAAGAAUCUUCUUCAGAGAAGGAGCCAGAGCAGGAGGAAGAGGUGAUGAAAUCAGCAUCUGACAAGGAAGAGGAGGAAGAGGAAGACAUCAAUGAAGAGGAAGAAGAGGAGGACGACGAGGAGGACGAAGAAGAGGCUGAAACAGAAAUGAGUGAAAAAGAAGAGUAUCCGGAUUCUGAAGAAGACGAUGUAAGAAGCCCAGUUUCCUCCAGAGCAGAGCUUGAAUCAUCUGAUGAAAGUGAUGAGUCCUCAGACUUUGGGACAAGCUCUGACUCCGAUGACGAAGAUGAUGAAGAUGAAGAGGAGGAGGAGGAGGAGGAAGAAGAGGAAGAGGAGGAGGCGGAGGAGGAGGAAAGCUAUGAGGAGCAAGUAGAAGACAACGAAGGGACAUCUCUACGGCAAGAAAGAGAAGAGGCUGAGCUAGCUGAGGAGUCGCUCCUUCACGAGCCUGAAAACGAUGAUGAAAAGGAGACAAUUCUGGAGUUGUUUGCCGUGGAUGACUACAUGGGAGGGACUCCUCUGGUGCUGGGACAAGUUCCAAUCCCAGAAGGAGAGGAACAGAAGGAAGAGGCCGGGCAACCAGAAGAGGAAAGUGGGGAAGUGCCUGAGGAGUCUCUUGCUGCAGAAGUGCUGAUCGUUAUUGAGAGAGCCCAGGAGGAAAAACUGCAGUUGUCUCCAGUGUGUGCACCAGUCUCUGUGGAGGAACCUGAACCAAAUAUCGAGCCUGAGCCUGAAAUGCUGGACGGUCCAAAGCCAGAGACUCAGGAAGAGGAGAACCUCCGUCCGCCAACCUCCUUGGGGCUCCUUGGAGAUGUCUUACCCAGCAAGACCUCGUUUUUCUCCAAGCAUGAGGACAGCAGUUUAUACGCCCAAGCGAAACCCAAGCUGCCCUUGACGGCUGAGGAGGAAGGUCGGCUUCCUCGGACUCCAGGGAGGGAAGUGCCGUCUCACGGGGAGUCUCCCCUGCUUUCCAUGGAUGCUGUGCCAUCUUGUUCGCUCCCCCUCCCCUGCGGGAUGUCAGGCAAAGAGGAACUGUUGCUUCUUCCUGACAAGUUCCCGGGUCAGUUGCCGAUGACCAAACCACCGCUCGAGGAAGAGCUGCCUCGGACUCCGGGCCGGGAUAUUUUAGCCAAGUGCUCGCACAGCCUCUCGAAGUCUCAGAGCACUGACACGGUCCCGGCCACACCGGGCAGCGACGCUCCUCUCACGGGGAGCAGCUUGACUUUAAGUUCUCCUCAAGUCCCGGGCAGCCCCUUUUCCUACCCCUCCCAGUCCCCCAGCAUCAACAGCGGUGGCAUUCCUCGGACUCCGGGGAGGGACUUCACUUUCACGCCCACCUUCCCAGAGCCUGGUGCUACCCUUCCUUGCUUUUUGUCCAGCAAGAAGCUCUCUGAGGAUGAACCUGACGAGAAGGUCUUUAAAGAGCCUCUGAGCGCUUCUCUCAUGGCUGGGGUGAACAGUGUGCCCUCCCCCAUCCCCUUUGCCAGCCCCCCGGUCCAAUCUUUCCAUGCUCACGUUGAGUUGCCGCCCAACCAGCCAGUACCUCUCACUGUUCAGCCUUGCUUGUUCGUUGACUCCAAGAUGUCUCUGGAGGAACACAGCAUGGACACGCAGCCCCUCUUUGCCCCAGAACAGACGGGGUCCUCCCCACCCCUCCCUCCUCCCCCGCCCUCCUCUGUCUUGCCCCUCAAAAGGAAGCCAGGCCGGCCCAAACGGUCCUCUCCGCUGGGCCCGCUCUUGGAGCCCUAUCCCAGCAAACCCCUCGAGCCACCUCUCCUUCCCAUCCCAGUUGCCUUGACUGAAAGUGCUGUGAACAAAGAGUUGCUGAGUAGCCACCCGGAGGCUUUCUAUCCCCUGAAAGACCCCGAAGCAGUGACCCUGGAUUUCCGGAACGACUGCUUCCACGACAAAGUGGGCCCUGAGGUUUUAUCUGAGAAGCUUCCCUUCAAGGAGUUGGAGAACCAGUGGAAUGAGGACCUCAAAGAGGACGAGGCUUACCUGAAAUGCAAGAGGCAGUGGAGGCGGCAAAAGAAGAGGCCGGACGACCUCCCCACAAUUCCUUCCCCUGAGUAUUCCCCGCAACGAUUUCACUUUAGGCCCCGGUCAGAGUUCGAGGAAAUGACCAUUUUGUAUGACAUUUGGAAUGGAGGGAUCGAUGACGAAGAUAUCCAUUUCCUUUGCAUUACGUAUGAUCACUUGUUGCAGCAAGACAAUGGCAUGGACUGGCUCAACGAUACCCUGUGGGUAUACCAUCCUUCAACCAGCUUCUCGACUGCAAAGAAGAAGAAACGAGACGAUGGGAUGCGGGAGCAUGUGACAGGCUGUGCGCGAAGCGAAGGCUACUACAAAAUCGACAAGAAAGAUAAGCUAAAAUACCUCAAUAACAGCCGUGCAUUUGCUGAGGAGCCUCCAGCCGAUACACAGGGCAUGAGUAUCCCUGCCCAGAUCCAUGUUUCCACCCGGGCAGGCUCCGAGAGGAGGUCCGAGCAACGGAGGCUCCUGUCAUCCUUCACGGGCAGUUGCGACAGCGACUUGCUCAAAUUCAACCAACUCAAGUUCCGAAAGAAAAAGCUAAAAUUUUGUAAGAGUCACAUUCAUGACUGGGGACUCUUUGCCAUGGAGCCGAUUGCUGCUGAUGAGAUGGUGAUAGAGUACGUGGGCCAAAACAUCCGCCAGGUAAUUGCCGACAUGCGAGAGAAGCGAUAUGAGGAUGAAGGCAUUGGGAGCAGCUACAUGUUCAGAGUUGAUCAUGACACAAUUAUCGAUGCAACAAAGUGUGGAAACUUUGCCAGAUUUAUCAAUCACAGUUGCAAUCCCAAUUGCUAUGCUAAAGUCAUCACGGUGGAAUCCCAAAAGAAGAUUGUCAUUUACUCCAAGCAGUACAUCAAUGUGAAUGAGGAAAUCACUUAUGACUACAAAUUCCCUAUCGAGGAUGUCAAGAUCCCUUGUUUGUGCGGUUCAGAGAACUGCAGAGGGACCCUGAAUUAAAGCCCAAGGUUGUUUGCCACACGUUGGCUGUGUCCGGACUGUGGUAACCGAGGCGGUCGCACUUUUGCCAAACGAGGAGGAGGGAGAAGCAAAGGAAGGGGCGGGAGAGACCUCCACUGUCCAUCGGUCCAGAGACGUGCAAAUUGCAGACGCACACUAAGACUCUUCCAGCUGCAGGUGCUGUCCCCCCUUGAACCCAGCGCUCCCCUCCCUGGCAAAUAGCUCCCAUUAUGCAGUGGCACCAGAAAUCAAAACACUAUUCCCCUCCUCGCUCACUCCAUAAUGGCACAGCUCUCGUGGGUAUAGUAAGGUACCUUUGCAUUGUUCGGAAACGUUCCUCUUUACAUAAGACGCUGCUACCUUUUUGUCAUUGAUUUUGUUUCUGGGGUGGGGGGAGUGGGAGAAAGGCAUUCAGCUUUUUAAAAAUGUGAAAAAGGGGGGUCAGGUGUCCCUGGACGGAUUGGAAGCUAGCUGGCAUAGCUGUUCAGUGAACAUCAGGUGCUUAGGCUCCGGGGCAGGCUGGGGAUUUCGGUUUGGGUUUGUGGUGUCUCUGGAUCCGAGGAAGGUCCCAAAUAGCGGAAAGUUGUCUCUCUCGGCCUUCUCGGUGUUCCCGUGUGCUCUGCUUGCCCUCUUGUGGAGAGAGUAGGAGAAACUGAUCGUUUUCAAAAGAAAAGCAGCAUUUGUUUUUCCUUCACUGUAGCAUUGCUUUUUGCUGUAGAAGUCUCCGGUCAGGCAUCUUCGUCUCUGUGAGGCUUCCAGAAGAAGCCGGCACAACCCUGCUCCAAAUUAAGCAGAACUGGCCUGAUCCAAAUCCAAAUCGAAUGCGACGCUUCUCCCCUUGGUGCUUCUCCACCAUCCCCACUUCCUCGUGUGGCCCUUGAAUAGUCCUCUUCUUAAGCAUUAUCCCCACAGGUUUGUGCCUCAAUACUCAGAAGGUUUCUUGCGGGUUUUGUCAUCCUCAGCCAGUUGAAAGGUGUCGUACUUGGUGGCUAAAGCCCUGCUUAUUGUUAGCAUUCAGGUGAUACACUGCGAGGGGAGCUGCUCUUUUAUGGCCUGAAAAAAGCAAUACUUUUUCGAUCCUGACUUUCUACAGCAAGCAAAUUAUAUAGUCAAAAUAAGUCUUCAUUCGGAAUUGUGUCUCCCGUGUGCGAACUAUGUCGAGCUGAAUGAGUUUUUUUUAAAAAAAAAUGGAAUUGCAACCCAAGCAGGUAAAUUUUAUGUUUGAAACUACAAAUCAUGUCUGAGGGCAAGGCAGUCCCUUUAAAAAUUGGUCCAGGUUUGUUGAGAAGGUAUCAAGGUGAGCAAAUGGACUUGCCUGUUUCUUGCUCCAGGAAUGAAUUAACUGGACUUUAAAUGUAGUUCUAUUUAGGAGGAGUUUGCUAGCGAAGAACAGAGCCUGUCUCGAUGCUGUCUUAGUCCAGUUGGCCUCCUCUUUCCCUCCCCAGGCAGGGCUAGCGUUGGCCGGCCUGCGUUCUCUUCCCAAAGCACUUCCCAUAAGGCCGUAGGAUUCCUAGCAAGUCCCUCUCAUUGUGGCCUGUGCCUGCUUUAUAGCAUUAAAAAGUGAAUGGACCUCCCCCUUGCAAGACUUCAAGGGCCUAGAGGAAGAAGCACAUUCUGAUGCCUUCUUGUGUUUUCUAACCAAGGCACUUCAUUUGACCGUGGGCUUUGCUCAGUCUGCGUUAACCUGAGUAUAGAAGUGAAAGACCCGAUUGGGAGAAGCUGGUUGGACUCCCCAGUGUCUUGUUUCUUUGGUACAAUUUUCUGCCUUCUUCUGUUGUGAGUCGUUUUUGCUUUGUCUCGUCCCGUGCACCUGGCCUUCCCAUCCUCUCUCAUGCCCACGAGUGCAAUCUGCGUGGAGUGUCUUCUCUCCUGCAGGCGGGCCUGGGAGCGUCUGGGCAAGAGCAGCACCAGGCGAGUGGGCGCUUCAUCUGGAUGAAGCCAGGUUUCCUUGGGUGGUCGCAACAGCACUAGGACUACUGCGGUCUCUUGGGUUCUGUGAGUUAGCUUGAGACAGAACCUGAAACAAAUUUUGUGUGUGUCAGCCAUGGGACAUGCCACCCCAGGGACUAGCCCGGCCGUGGUCAGGGCAGGAGGGAAGCAGUGUUCUCCUUGGGGCCCUGGUUUUGUUGGGAGAGGAGUCCCAACGUAUUUGGCUAAGUACGCACAAGCCUAUCCUGACUCCGAACUCCAGAGUCCAUGGGCACUCCCCGCAAUAACUCCGGGGGGCAUCUAGUCGGCUUCUCUGUUGCCAGCUCAGACGGGGGGCGGGGCUACUUCCCAAGCUUUCCAAAAGGAAUAGCAGCCCAGUCUUUCAAGAUUCACUUCAGCUGCAGAAGCGACCUGGGCACUGCCACAACCCUCCCGCCCCAGAGGAGUACCAAAGCGUUGACAACCUACCCAGCGGCCUUGUCUUUGGGGCUCCGAGGAGGAGGGCAAGGGGUCAGCUUGGUGUCCUUCAUGCCGGCCUCCUCCAGCCAGGAGACCAGCCUCCUUGGUUGCAUACAAUCAUUUCUCUCCCUCAUUCGAGGGUUCAGAAGGAGCCAGUCCCGGAACCAACCUUUCCAUUAUCAAAGCAACUUGUUUCUACAAUGGGGGAGGAUUACAUCAUUUUUAAAAUUCUGAUGGAAAGUUCUGUUUUGUCAUUUGUGACCUAUAUUCAGGGAUCAUUUCAGUGCUUUUCUGUAUAAAAUGUUUUGUUUGUUGUUUUUUUUUAAAAGAGGGAAAAUGAAAUUUUGACGUUUCAAAUGGACACAUCAUCUGUACAUAAGCAACCGUUCCAACUCUUCUCUUCAAACACUGUUUCUUGUAGAAACACGUUGAUUUGGGCUUUUGUUUGUUGGGAGGGCUGUUUUCUUUGUACUUCGAAAGCAUGUACAUACUUUGUUAAAAGUGACUAUUGUAGUUUGGAGUUCUUUUUUAAAAGAUUGCCCGGCGGAGACCUCAAGGAGAGAGUGGACCUUUGGGAGCGUGACGCACUGAGGGAACACGCCGGCACCGUUUACAGCUUGUGUCAAGCUAUGUAUAAUGUAAAUUCUGUAUAAAAAUCACUUUCUUUUUGGUCAGAUACAUAGAUCAAACUAGAAGCAUUAAGAAGCUGAAGAAUUUUUUUAAAAAUGCCAAGCGGAGGCUUUUUUUUGUUAUAUGCCUUUCGGAUACCUUAACGUGAGAAAUCUAUUUAUUUCAGACAAGAAAAAUGUGUAUAGUCUAUUAAUGACAACCUAAAAUGUAUUUAAGCAACACUGCAACUUUUGAUUCUUUUUUUUCCAAAUUUCAUUUAUUUCAUAAUGUUCCUUCUCAAUUACCGAUGUAGUAUUUGUAGAAAUGACAAGGAAACUGUGUCUGGCGCUCCGUGGUGUCCCUGGACUCUCUGCAUCUAUCCAGUGGGACGUUACUUGGGAGGGGAACAAAGGAGACACUAAAUUCAAGGGAUAUUUCCUCCAAGGAAAAGCUGAGGCCCGGAAAACCUCAGUCCUUCUUUUCCUGUUUCAUCACUUCUGGAAAGAUCCCGUUUUUUACUUCGCAGUAUGAAAAAUAACCUCCUUCAAAAGGGGAAAGGAAAAAGGUUUGCAAUAAAUGGCAUUGAUUUUUUGUGUUCAUUGAAAAACAACACCAGAAUUAAAUCUCUUGCCUUUGAGAUUUAGGAUUCUUCUUAUUAUUUUUUACAAUUUCUGCUCCCUUUUCUUUUAAACAACUGUAUAAAUUUAGGACCGUUCUGUGCACCUAGGCGCUGUCAUCCGUAUGUACCUUGUUUUGAAAAACGUGGGUUUUCCUUUUUUGUUGUGGGUGUGUCAUGCUGUAAAUAUUUGUUCAUAAUUUUUUGUGAAUUGAAUACUAUGUACCAUUGUAUUAUAGUAACUUUUAUAAAGCAAACCAUAAAUAUACUGACCUUUCUUACAAAA